CUCACGUAUUAGCAGGAAAAUGAGUUACCCGCAGCUUCGACUGCUAAAUCAUGGCAACAUUUAUGGAACGAUUAGCUUUUCUUCAAAAAGUUCCCACCCUCAUGAAGGCUACAGCAGAUGAUGAAACGCCCUGUCCUGGCUACCUUUUCCAGGAGAUUGGAAAAAUCUGCCAGGAGUCAUCAGGUUAUGGUCAGUGUUUGUUGGAAUACCUUCUGGAGAGGCUACAAGUUGAAUCCUGCCAUGUCAAACUGAAGGUGCUGAAGAUCUUUGUCCAUCUCUGUGGUCAUGGAUCAAAUCAUUUCCUUACAGAGCUCAGGAGGAAUUCCACUUUCAUCCAGCAAGCAUCAAUUUACAGUGGCCCUCCUGAUCCCAUCCAUGGCACAGCACUUUACCAAAAAGUGAGGAACACAGCACAGGAAGUGGCCCGGUUGCUUUUCUCAGAUGCAGUUCUCAACAAAAGCAGCAUGACUGCACACCGCRUAGCACCCCCAACAAUGGGGAUGGGAUCAACAGGUUCCCACAGGCCAGGCUUSCAUGGUUUUGGACACAGUUCAGGGAAGCAGGGGACAGCGGGGACCGACUCUCUGUUAGACAAGAUCCAGAAAGCUGCUGAGGUGGUUGCCAGUGCCGUGCUUCCGCCAACGGAGCACCAGGGCAUCCGCCUCCACGACAACCACUACCGAGCAGUAAUGGCGCCGACUGUGCCCAUAGAGGUCGCUGUGCCUGCAUGUGCCUAUAACCUUCCAACUAGGAGAUCCAAAGUGWCCCAACGGUGCCCGGGACAGGUCGGGGGCGGCUGGGAGGAGACUGACAGCAACAACAGCUCCUCUCACAACUCUUCUCAAGAAAUGGCCUCCAAUAGCAAGUCAGCUGGGACAAGGAGCCAAUCAGGAGCCAGCAGAGAGAGCAACGGGGACCUCUCAGAGCGGACAGAAGCCUUGCAGCUGGGUGACUGUGGACAGGAGACAGCUCUCAUUAAUAAACUGACAGACGGCUCCAGAGUUUUCCUGACCCGAGAGGAGAGUCAACACUUCCUCAAAGAGUGCUCCACUCUGAACUGUGAGGUUGUGGUGGAGCUGCUCUCCAACAAGCUCCAAGAUCAGUUAUCUGCUGUUAAGAUGCGGGCUCUGUGUGCCGUUUCAUGUCUCAUGACGUCCGACCUUCUUUCCCUGGAACAAAUCUACGGAGCCACUCAGCGCAGACUUGGUCAGCUGAGCGAGGGCCCACCGGGGCCUGUGGCAAACAAAGCUACCAAGAUCCUUCGACUGUUUGAGGCGCUCAUGGGUGGAGCUCAGCAUGCUGCCAGGCAGGAGGCAGUGAACAGCAGCCAUCAGGCCACAGCUAAUCAGGUUCACACGACCGAUAACUCCGAACUUUUUCAGUCUGRGUCUGUAGAUGUGGUCCUAACACCAAAUCAUCCACCUCCUCCUGAUCUGGACCAGGCUUGGAGAACAAAGGAGCUGAUAAAUGCUCCUGAAGAGGAGAAGCUCUUCGUCACUCAACAAGAGUUGGUAGAAAAUCCAGUAGAGCUCGUCAGGACUGCGGGUGUAAAAUCGCCCUCUGCAGAUCCAGAGCUCUUCGAGGACAGACUGUCCCCUGAGCCUGAGCCGUCCAGCCUGAGCAGACUGUCUCUGUUCAGGGGCAUGGAGCUGAUCACCAAGGGGAGGGUGCUGUGUGGAAGCGAUACGCCACAGACUGGGGUGGAUAAAACAGACGAUAGCUUAGAAGCCGUUCAGAACCCCGACUCAUCUGUGGCUUCUGUUCAAACCAGCCAGGAAGUCGCUUCUAGUUGUAACUUUGUUGCGUCUGAUAAACCGCAGCCAGUAUCUGCUUUCUCAUUUCUCAACUGUUGACAAAUUGUGGAGCUGGGACUGUUUUAACAACGAUGUCAUUAUGUUUCGUUCAGUUCUUGUUUUUGUUUUGUUUGUUUUUUUCUCGUUUGUUUCGAUCUGCUAAAUUGUAACUACAAGUAUGUGAUUAUCAGAGGAGCAUUUUUAAUGUGUUUGUUUCAUCAAAAGCUGUUCUAAAACAGCAAACUGAGUCAAGAGCCAAAAAUUUGAAACUUAUAAGUGUUCUUUUUGUUUGAGUUCCCACCAAUCUAUCAGGCCAAGGAAAGCUCUAAGUUUUCUUCAUUGGCUUUGUUCAAAAAAACUCUUUUUUUUUCUAAAUGUGGUUGUGUUAAAUUCAAGCUGGAAAGCUAAACAAUGACACUGGAUGAGAACCAACUCUGUGACGUUCUACAUUAUAUAAUGUUAAGAAGAGCAACAAUCUGUAAGCAGAGGGCGAAAUAAUUAUUUGAUUCCCUGCWGAUUGUGUAAGUUCGCCCACUUGCAAAGAAAUGACCAGUCCUAAUUUUUUAUGUUAGUUUCAUUUGAGGGGAAGAAAAAUAAURUCUACUAAAAAUGCAGAGGAAAACACAUUAUGUAAAAGGAAAAUUAAAGAUUUUCCAAUCAUUUAAGGAAAUAAGUAUUUGAUAUCCUAAUCAACUGCAAUUUCUGUAUUUUUCAGGUAAUUCUUCCCCCGAAUGUUUAGUUGAUUCUAUCUUCAGUAAAAUUGAACUGUUAGAACAUUUUGAGACUUACAAAACCUUCUAUAAUGAUUACAACUUCUAGAUCAGGGCUAUUCAACUGGCAGCCCGCAGGCCACAUCCGGCCUGCAGGUGAUUUCACUCUGGCCUGCCAAUGAGAUUUUAAUUCAUUAAAUCAAAAAAUAGAUUUUAGAUCAAUUUUAAAUGUAUGAUUCAAUGCAACAAAAAUAAAAAAAACUUAAAAGUUUAAGGAUAAUUAUUCUUUUACAAAAUGCAGUGUUCUCCCUACCAUUACUGCUCAACCCACCACCAUCCUACAUAUCUGACCCCUGAGCAUUUUAACUGGAUAACCCUGUUCUAGAUGUGUUAGCUUUCACUUUUGGCUUUGGCUCGGUUUGUUUUGUGGUACUUUUGCGCAUCAUUGUGUUUUUAUUUAGUUCAAGGUAGACUUUUAAUCUUUGAUUUAACACGUUAAAAUAUGUCAUAAUGUUAGGAAUCUAACAAAAUGAAACAAAACAAACAAACAAAGAUUAUCUGCAAACACAAUUUAGCUGGUAUUCAAMGAAACCUCAGUCAGACUGAAACAUAAAUUUCCCUUAAAUCAGUGAAGCGCCUGCCUCGAGCUGUUUUAAAAACAGAUGCAAGUUUUCCUUUUAAAACCUGAGUUGGUCUAAGAUGAACUCAGUUUAGCACUUCACAGUGUUUGCAUUGCCUCGGCCCAUUAUUAUGAAGUGUUCAGACUGAAAUGUGGAUAUUUGGUUACACAACUUGAGCUUGCAGAUGAUGUGGAUUCUAUAAAAGAUUCUUGGAAAUGACAACAACAAACCMUUUAAUCUUUGUUGUACAUGUGGGUUGACCGAAAAGAAAUAGGACCUUGACCUUGGUGGAGGAUGAAACUGAAGGUACCUGACUGAUUCAUCACUCUUUGUUUCCUGUCGUCUUCAUGAAGUGUUCAAACAGACGACAGCUGCUCUUAGUGUCGGAUGAAUUCACCGUUUUYUCUUUUUAAACGGGGACAUAAAGUCCUCUGAUCCCUGUUUGUUUUCCAGUUGAUCAAAUAUGUGCAGAAAACAUAAUGUUUUGGCUUCAUGAGCAGCACUCGAAGCUUUCUUUAUCUCAGGAUUCAGUUAAAGUACCAACCUACACCUCUGCAGCAUGUUGUGAACCUCUGGAGAACCUUCCUGUUUGGAAUUUGCACUACAGAUGCUCUACUUGUAAACUUAGACCUAUGAAUGAAAGUUGUCUUCCAUACAUGUUUUUUUCUUUUUUGGUACUAAGACAAAUGUUGGUGUAAAUUUUGUUAGUUUCUAAUUAAUAUAUUUAUUAUGUCUAUUCUGUAUAAAUAGACACCAGAGGUUGUAGAGUGCAUGAUUUAAAACUACCACUGACAGAGGAGUUUGUUAUUAAGAUAUUCCUUCAUCAGUGGAGUAAAAACAUGUUUGAUAAAAUAUGUUAAAAUGAUGUUGCUGUUUCUGUUUAACAAGUUUUCUUCUUAUUGCAGUGUUGACUACCAUGUAGUGUAGCCCAAACAGUAAAACUACAACGAAUACCACAAGCCAUGACAAUAAAACAUGCUGUAUUUUUUGUUACAGCAACACCUAA